CCUUUAAAGAGUUUCGGGCCGACUGUCAUAGACAUUUCAAAAAGUACAGCGACUCGGAGGAGGCUCGUGCCAACCCACCAAACGCAUUGGUUGGACGUGAUGAGGAUUGGCACUUCCUCUGCGACCAUUAUAUCAGCCGUGCAUUCUAGGAGCAAUCACGGACAAACAAGGCUGCUAGACAGAAGCAGCCUUACAAUCAUAGUAGCGAGUCCAAGUCGUUUCUACAACGACAGUAUGAGCUCGCUGAAAGAAGAGGGCAGCCGGUCGAUCGUGUGGAAUUGUUCCGGGAAACACACGUUCGAGCUGGGACAUUCGUGUCACAGGCCGCCGAGGAUGCGCAUAAUCAAAUGCUGGAACUCCAAUCCCAGCCUACCCCAGAGGGUAGUCAGCCACUCUCUGAGGAUGAGAUAUGCGAUCAGGUGCUGGGUAGACGACCAGGCUACUCAAAAGGCCCUGGUUGGGGACCCAAGCCGAAGGCCCGCAGAACGAAAAGUGCAAGCAGUUCGUCGACAUGUUGUUCGCAGUCCACACAAAAAGAGAUUGAAUUACAAGUUAAACUUCAUGAAGCUUUGGAACGGAUUGAAGUACAAGAUAUAAAUCACCAAGCAUUAGUUUCAAAAGUGGAAGCUAUGAAAAAGAUGAUUGAAGACCUAACUCGUGCACAACAGGGACCACCACAUGAUCCCUAGCUCUGCGGUACGUCGUAUAUGUCUCUAUUAUUCUUAAGUUUUUGCAAUAUAUGAUUAUGUAUUAAACUUAGUUAUUUUUAUACCAUUUUUAGGACCGAAGGUGUAG